CGCCCCGCCCUGCCUUCUUUGGCCGCAGCUUGUCCCCGCGAAGCUUCGCCGGGCGGCGAGCAGCUUUCAUCGGCCUGCCGGCUCAGCGCGGGAACCUCGGCUCGCAGGCGCCUCAGGCGCCGAGCUCGCCCGGCGCGCGGCGACUCUCCGGAGCGUGAGGAGGAGCCAGAGGAUCUGGGUCGACGGCGGGCACGGAGAUCAGAACCACGGCCGCGGAGUUAUCCUGCUUCGCUUUCCUUCCCUCCCUCCCACCACCUUCGAAUGCUUGCAGUCUUUCGACGGAGAAAACAGAAUCCUGGUGGUUUUUCCUCCCUUCCGCGGGGUUUCCAAACUGCCCCAAGUCUAUCUUCUGAAGCCUCAUCGCUUUCUUUCCACUGGCAAAAUCCCUUCUGUAUCUACCAUCCACCCCCGGUUUGAUUGCCAGGUUCUGCUCUUCUAAAGACCCUCCACUGUUGACACCCCAUUUUCCUUUGCUCUUCCUCCAUGUUCCCUCUCCUGAUGCUUUCCUUUGAGAAAUCAGAUUCCAUCCUGCUCCUUUCCCUACUUGCCUUAGAGAAGACUCCCCUUCCCUAGAUCCAUUCCCCGACUUUCUCUUGCCCUCUCCAAAGUUCAUCAUAGACAGGAUGGAAGCAGUUAAUCAAGUCAACUCUAGCCGCAACUCCACUAACAUUGAUGUUCUGUGCCCAGUUAAUACAGAUUUCACCCAAUGGUUCCUGCCCUCUUUCUACCUCGUUCUGUCCCUCUUGGGGCUUUUGGGAAAUGGACUGGGCUUGUGGACCUUAUGCAGAAGUUCAUGGAAGAACCGUUGGAAUUCCUUCAGUGUGCUGUUGUGUAACUUAGGAAUUGCAGACUUGCUUUAUGUGGUUACGCUGCCCUUCCUUGUGUCCUACUACCUCCAGGGACAUGUAUGGCUCUUUGGCCAAAGCUGGUGCAAGCUAACCCGACUUCUCUUCCAUGUCAACCUCUAUGCCAGCAUUGGCUUUCUGACCUGCAUCAGUGUUCAUCGUUACCUGCACAUCGUGUAUCCACUGAAGAUGAUGGGAAGAUGUCAGACCCUUGGCUCUUCUGUCUCUCUGAGUGUUUUGGUUUGGGUCUGGGUCAUGAUUCAGCUUUCUCCUGAUUUAACUUUCAACAAAAUGGACCCAAAGGGUGAGAAGUGCCAUGACUCAACAGAACAUGAAAACCUGGAGCGUUAUCUAUUAUACUUUCUAACUUUAACAGUGACCAGCUUUGCUAUUCCUUUCUUCAUCAUCUCUGGGUGCUAUUGUCAUGUGGUCAUUGUCCUCAGGAAAAACAAAAACAUAGAUCCGAUCCUCAGAUGGAAGAGCAUCAGAUUGGUGGUUAUGGUGAUGGCACUUUUCUAUGUCUGCUUCCUCCCCUAUCACAUCUUUAGGAACCUUAACUUGCUGUCUCGAAGGUGGCAAAAACAGGGAACUUGCAAUCAGACUUUAAGGAACAUUUAUAUCUUCUACCAAGUGACUCGAGUCUUGGCUAGUCUGAAUAGUGUCCUGAACCCUUUGUUAUACCUGCUGGCCGGUGAGGAUUUGGGGGUGCAGUUGAGAACAUUUGGUAGAAGUAUCAGACUGAAUCUGAAGACUGUUCGGCAGGGCAAAGUCCAAUACCGUUUGGAACGAAGUAAAUCAAAUGCUGUGUUUGAUGAAGAAUGUGAGGAGACACUAUCUAGUGAUCUCUGAGUGAUUUUUUAAAAGGACAUACCAUAAAUGCCUACCUCCCUCUUUUCCAACAUUCCUGCCUUUGGAUGGAUACAGGUAUUAAUCUUUUAAUAGAGUUGGAAAAUUGGGUUUGGAGAACAAGCAAGAAGCUGUGAAGUGAGAAUGAAUAGAAUGCUAUGGGACAAUACCAUAAAAGGUAAACAACUAAGUUUGACGGGCCUGUAGUUUUAUCACAUGCCUGAUUUAAUCUUUAACUCUGAUGGCUAGCCCUACCUUCAUUAGUUUAUUAAAUGUGUAUUUUCUGGGGGAGGCCCUCUGUUUUUGAGGAGUUUGGCAUUUUAAAAAAUUGCUGGAUUGAAAACACUAUAUACGCAUUUUGUGUACUAUUACUCCUUUCUCUGGGUGUGUGUUUAUGGUGGCAGCGGGAGGCCAUAUAAGACUCAAACCAGAAGAUA